CAGAUAAGGAAAUUGAGGCACAGAGAUUCACUAAUCUGAACCAGAUAAUACUUUAAAUGCUAGAACCACGAUGCACACCUGGGCAUGCUAGCUCCAGAAUCUACACUCUUAACCACUGUGCUGUACUGGCCCUUCAACAAGUUCCAGAAGAUGAGUCGUGGAUAUUCCGAAAACAACAAUUUCCUAAACAAUAAUAACCAAAUGGUAUUGGACAUGAUCCUUUAUCCGUUAAUUGGAAUCCCUGAGACCAUCAACUGGGAAACUAUAGCAAGGCUUGUGCCUGGAUUAACACCCAAAGAGUGUGCAAAAAGGUUCGAUGAACUGAAGAGCAGUGGAAGCUCACCUGUUGACAACCAGUAUAAUCCCCUAAUGGCUGCUGGAGAGAGUCCUGUUGAAACUUUAGCCACAUAUAUCAAAUCCUCGCUUCUUGACACACAGGGGGAAUUUCAGGAGACCCCAGAAGAACAGGAUGCAGCUUCCAAAUCAGGAAGACAUAGUAUAGCUUCCACAAGGAAUUGUUCUUCAGAAAGUGAAAAUUGUACUACUCAUAAUGGUGGAGAAAAGACUGAAGAAUCUGAAGGGCCAAACAUGGUGAUCCAUGUAUGUGAUGAAGCAAAAAACUUGAAAGAAGAUUUUAUUUGCCCACGAGAUCUUUUGAUAUCAGAAAUGAAGUACUUUGCUGAAUAUUUAUCUAUGGAUGCCCAGCGCUGGGAAGAGGUGGACAUUUCAGUUCAUUGUGACGUUCACAUUUUCAACUGGUUGAUAAAAUAUGUUAAAAGGAACACUAAGGAGAAUAAAGAUUGUGAGAUGCCCACUUUAGAGCCAGGAAAUGUCAUUUCAAUUCUUAUUUCUUCCGAGUUUUUGAAAAUGGAUUCAUUAGUUGAACAAUGUAUUCAGUAUUGCCACAAAAAUAUGAAUGAUAUAAUAGCUACUCCGUGCAACAUGAACUGUAUUAAUGCAAAUCUUCUUACACGGAUAGCUGAUCUGUUCACACACAAUGAAGUUGAUGAUUUAAAGGACAAAAAAGAUAAGUUUAGAAGUAAACUUUUUUGUAAGAAGAUUGAGAGACUGUUUGAUCCUGAGUACUUGAAUCCAGAUUCUCGGAGUAAUGCAGCGACCUUAUAUAGAUGCUGUUUGUGUAAGAAACUUUUAACAAAAGAAACAGAAAGAAGAAUUCCUUGCAUUCCUGGAAAAAUCAAUGUGGACCGACAUGGAAAUAUUGUCUAUAUUCACAUAAGAGAUAAGACAUGGGAUGUUCAUGAGUUUUUGAAUAGUCUUUUUGAAGAAUUAAAAUCUUGGAGAGAUGUAUAUUGGCGCUUGUGGGGAACAAUCAACUGGCUGACUUGUUCAAGAUGUUAUCAGGCUUUUCUCUGUGUUGAAUUUUCACAUUGUCAAUACCACUCAGAAACAGUGAUUUAUCCUACUGCAGCAAGUUCAUUGAGUACUGUUGGCACUGGAAUUUAUCCCUGCUGUAACCAAAAGGUUCUUCGGUUUGAUCCCACUCAGCUUACAAAGGGCUGUAAAGUGAGGGACCACAUGGUUGCACUUCGUGAUCAAGGUGAAGGUGGAGAUUUGCUGUCCUGUCCAACUACUAGAAUACUGGAUGAUCUGCUCAAGCACAAAGAUGUCAUUGUUGUACCUUUUUCAAAAGAUACAGUUAGUGAUAUUGGAGUUGGUCCCUGUGAUGAAAAGGGCCUGGAAUGUGAUGUUUUACUGGAGCCAAAUACACCAUGGGGCCCCAAAACUGGAGAGCUCAAUGCUUUCUUGUCACUGAAAAACUGGACUCUGCAACUGAAACAACAGUCAUUAUUUUCAGAAGAAGAAGAAUACACCACUGGAUCUGAGGUCACUGAAGAUGAAGUUGGAGAUGAAGAAGAAGUAUCCAAGAAACAAAGUAUUGUUUUCUAAGUUAAAAUCAGCUCUCAUUGUUUAUGAAGGGAUUGCAUUCUGGAGCCUUUAAUGC